AUGCGACUGGCAGACAUCACCGAAAUUGACAACCCGGGUGGACAUGAGGUUAUGAAGGCAGACAUCGCCGACCUCGACCAGAUGCAGCGCGCCUGUGAAGGGAUGGACACAGUUGUCCACCUCGCCGCCGAUCGCAGUCCAAGUGCGGACUUCUACGAAACCCUGUUGUCGCUGAACAUCAUCGGCACAUACAACGUUUUCCAAGCGGCGAAGGAUCAAGGCUGUGAGCGCGUCGUCUUUGCCAGCAGCAUCAACGCAAUGUUAGCCUAUCCGCCGGACCUCUCCGUCACUUGGGAUAUGCCGGUCAACCCACCAAACGUCUACGGCGUGACCAAAUGCUUCGGCGAGUCGUUAGGACGCUGUUUCGCACACGACGGGCUAUCCUCAAUCGCAAUCCGAAUCGGCGGAAUUAAACAAGAUGGUGAACCGGCUCGAAAUCAAGGGGACAUGGGACAGGGCUGGAUCAGCCAACGCGAUCUGGCGCAACUGAUUGGGCUGCUGCAUCGAUGUCGAAGGAGUUGA